GGGAUGGGAGCGUUGGGUCGGGUCAUCAAUCGAAGCCUGAGGGUCAACGCAUGAACUCAACUCCAACAAGUACGGAUUACAAGACUACACUUCCAUCAUUUCUCAAUCUGUGGGCCCUUGGACUUAAUUCUAUAACAAAGGACCACUCCUGGGAGGUAACCUAAGGCUUUAUUCUUGCAUCACAAUCCGCCCAGGACAACGCCGGGUGAGCUCACAGUUGUGUCUCAAACAUCCUAUCUAGCCAGAGAGAGAGGUGUCUAAUGGUGUUCCACUGACUCCAGUAAGAAGCUAUUCUAGGAUAUCCAAUAGCGGACAGGUGUACCUCUUUGCAAUAACACAGGUGAUCAAGCUUUUGAAUAAACAAUAACACCAAACGUUAAAUUUAGAAAGUCAAACGAGAUUAUAUAUGCAUUAUUACCCAUAUUAAACUAGUUGAAGCCAGUGCCUAAACUUCAAGUUACAAAAUCAAUUCGAUGCUCUAACGACAGCCUUGGACACAUAAUAAAUUUAUGAUGCAUCUUAAGCACAAGACCACUGGGCCAUUCUUCGCUGCCACGUGAGAAGGAUAUUGUUUCACUAUCAGAUAUCAGGAAGCGCUCUUGGCGAGUCAUUGUUCUACAUGAAAUCUUAAACUUCGUCCAAGAGAUCAAGGCAGACGUGACAGGGAUACGACAUGAUAUCUUCAAGUGUUUCAUUCAUUGGGGAACACUAGCAUCCGAGGUUAUAAUCUUUUCUUACAAACUAAGUUUACAUGGUUUGAAAAAUCUGCAACAUCUGGGUUUAUAUGUUUUAAGCAAGGCUAAUAUUAGUGCAGCAUCAUCCCAAGUGUUUUCAGAUAUCUGAAAGUAUACACUGAUACGUUGACUUGAUUUCAUCUUAAAGACUGGCAUUCAUGUUUUUGACUUGAAGGAGUGCACCAUCCAUCGCUGAUGUCAGAUUAUUAAGUGGGUCGAAGAAUCGGGAUUUUCAGCUGUGAUUUCUGUCUGGUGCAGCAUCCUUGAAGCUGACAGCAAAUGUCUUGUUUGGAGUGGACAAUGACCUCCUGACAUACGGGUAACCACCCUCCCACCGACCACGAACAGAACAACAUGGGGUGCCCUUGGAGCCAGAGCAAAUGCUCCGGCGGGCAGGCGGCGUCCCUGGAGUUUUCCAGCAACGGAAGCGUCAGCAAGACACAGAUGAAGGACAACGCUCCGCACUACCUGAAGUCAGAAACAGACAGGGCCAAGGACUUUCAUAAGUUGCACAUAGAUCCGAGGGUCCCACUGAGCAACCAGCAGGCCUUCAAACUGUUGCAGUCGUGGCGAGGCAUUACCAGGAAGAUGGGAGAUGCAGGCGUGGAGAUGUUCGUACAGUUGUUCCGCAGUAAUUCUGAACUUCAGGCCAUGUUCAAAGGAUUUAAAGACAUCAAGACGGAUAGUGAGUUACGGUCAAACGAGGCGCUAGAGAACCACGCCACCCUGGUGAUGACCACCCUGGACGAUGCCAUCACACACAUAGAUAACUACGAAUACGUCAAGGACCUACUUUACAGGACGUCAGCGACACACACAAAGUUUACGGGGUUUCAACCAGCAUACUUCAUGCAUGUAAAAGAGCCAUUCUUAGAAGCAGUGCGGGUGACGCUGGGCGACAGGUACACAGACAACAUGCAAAACAUCUACACCAUUGCCAUCACCUACGUCCUGCAGACUCUGAAGGAAGGCAUGGAAGAGGCGCUCAAGUAGAAACAUCCCCCUCCACAAGCCCUCAUUGCUCUCUGAAUGCUGGACUCCGACAUGGGAGGGCUGCCGUGGCGCAUCUACAGGAGCGCCCCCCCCCCUACCCUUCAGUUCCAUCUUCCUCUUUUGCAGGUGGUGCCCUGUUUGUUAACACGACAUCUGCCUUAUGUUAUGAUAUCAACUGACACACAAACAUACAAACAUACAAACACGUAUUCAUACACAAACACACACAGACGUCAUCAUAGUGGAGGUCACGUCGACUUUAACCUCAUUAUGCUUCAUUGAUUUUUCUUUUUCUUUUAUUUGCUGUAAAAAUAAUAAAAAAACGAUUGACUGACCUUUGACCUGGAUGGAAACAUUGUGCAUCAUGUGACUAUAUUUUUGUUUUGUUAAUAUAGUGAUCCACCUUUUUGUUUUGGAUGGCCUGCAAUUUAGUUUCCACUUAGUCGAGUGUAUCUUUUGUUUUUCUUUUAAAACCAAAAUUUGUUGUGGUGUGAGUGUGUUUGAGGACUACUCACGAUAUAUCGAAGACUUAAUAAUUAGAUGAUUGAAUGGUUAGAUGACUGAAUGGUUAGAUGACUGAAUGACUAAAGGAUCGGAAGAGGUUCUGAUUGUAGACCCCAGUGCUUGUCUUUGGACGAAAGUGUUCUUAGCUGUAUACAAGAGUUUGCCUUAGUGAACGAAGAGCUAUAUUUAGAUCUGCAGCAAUAGUUGCUCCCCUUUCAGGAAGUGAUACAUGAACAGAGCGGACUUACAAAGUGUAGAUCUUUUCUCGUUUCAAUGUCUUUUUUGUUUUUGUUUCAAACUGCCCCACAUACUGGGAGGUCUUGACCUAAGUCUGCAUGAGCUUUUGUUUAUAAAUAUUUAUAUAACUAUAUUAUGCAUAUACAUAUGUUUGUAAUCUAUUGUUUGUAGAAAAAAAAUAGCUGUUAUACGAUUGGCCCAUCCGUGUGUCACUGAAAGACGAUUGGCUCAUCUGUGUGUCACUGAAAUACGAUUGGCUUAUCUGUGUGUCACUGAAAUACGAUUGGCUCAUCUGUUUUUCCCUGAAAGACGACUGGCUCAUCCGUGUGCCACAGAACUUCCUGUCGUGUCUCCUUGUAUCAGUGAGAGCGCGUGCUAGAAAGUAUCAUUUGAUCUUGUAUAUUAUUAUUAUUAUCAUUAUUAUUUUAUUUUUAUUUCGUUGGUUCUCUUCAACCUGUACAAAGUCCAACUCAACAUACUUCAUUCUUUAGUUGUACUCGAAGUAACUGUAAAGCAAGAGAAUAAAAAACUGAUGGUUUAGAUCUGUACCUGA